GUCUGAUCCGGAGAAGGCUCUGUUGAAGAAGCUCUUUACCGGCUACAACCUGAAAGUGCGGCCAGCAUCCAGGCCUGAGGAGAGGGUGGUGGUUCGUGUGGGUAUGGUCCUGUCCUCCUUCGUUGGACUGGUGAGGCCCGACACUUCCGUAUAGUCACUCGCGUGCAUGAAAACAAAACAGUGGCAGGUGUGCAGGAUGUGACCAGAAACGAAGCAUGUCCACCAUCCAGCAGCGCUACAACCCGCUAAAGUUCAAAGCAUUUUGUCCAUUUCCAAAAGGAAUACAAACCAUGAUGUGUUUUCUCACCUUUUCUAAACUGCUUUACUCUUACCAGUCCAGUGGUACGGCAGAUUUCUGCAACAAACAAGACCGAUGAAAAGGAAUCUUGAAACUUAUUUUUGGUUCAGUCAUAUUUCUUAUCCCUUUGCAGUCUAAACACUUUUAUCUCCUGUGUAUCUCCUAUUUUAUGGGUGUAAAUACUGUAACUUAUCCAGAGAAACCUGGGUUGCUAAGCCUCUCACGAUGUUUGUGUUGGAUGAUGAAAGGAUAUUAAAAAACACAACAUUUAAAUUCAGAACAGUGAAUACGUCUCUGAGCCUGAAUUGACCCUUGCUAGUAAAUAAGGUUUUUACGGUGCCGACUGAGCUGCUGUCUCUGUGUAACAGUUAUGCACACACAUAAAUAAACAAAAACAGCACACACGCCAGGUCACAGCCUUCUUCUUCGGCGCACUCAUGGGCACGUAUUCACACAGUGUCGCAUUUACAUAGAGGACUAUGGCGAGCGCGCUCCUUACACCUCCGCUCAAGGUCACUGUCCCUCAGGAGAGGACGUCACGUGGGACCUUUUAAGUUCUGGAGUGGAACCAUCUUGAAAACUGACCCACUUUGAUGCGCUGUCCUUCAUCUGCCUUGAACUAGUCAGCUGGAUAACAGCAGUAACAUGAAAAAUGAAGAAAUGAGCACCAUUGUUGUCAUGAAUCUGGAGUGGACGGAUCAUCGGUUGUCAUGGAAACGCAAGGAGCACGAUGGCAUUGAGGUGAUGCGUAUCCCCGCCGGGAAAGUUUGGCUGCCUGACAUAGUCCUCAUAAAUAAUAAUGACGGGGUGUUUGAUGUGGCACUGCAUGUCCAUGUCCAGGCUUAUAGUAAUGGCAGAGUAACCUGGACCCCCCCAGCACUCUACUGCAGCUCUUGUGGCGUUAAGGUAACAUACUUCCCAUUUGACUGGCAGAACUGCACCAUGCAGUUCCGCUCCUACACGUACGACUCGACAGAGAUCGAUGUGCAGUAUGCAUUGGACUCGAAGGGAAACGAGAUCAGGGAGAUCCAACUAGACGAGGCUUACACUGAGGGCGGCGAGUGGACCAUCAAACACAAGCCGUGCAGGAAGAACAUGAACGACGAUCAAUACGAAGACAUGACCUUCUACCUCAUCAUAGAGAGGAAGCCCCUUUACUACGUCUUGAACAUCAUCCUCCCCUGCAUCCUCAUUACCAUCAUCGCCAUCUUUAACUUCUAUCUGCCUCCUGACGCAGGAGAAAAGAUGGGUCUGUCAAUCAACGUGUUGCUCACGCUUACCGUGUUCCUGCUGCUGCUGGCCGAUAAGAUCCCAGAGACGUCGCUGGGGGUCCCUAUCAUUGUCAACUACAUCAUGUUCACCAUGAUCCUGGUCACAUUUUCUGUCAUCCUCAGCGUGGUCGUCCUAAACCUGCACCACCGCUCACCCAGCACCCACAGGAUGCCCAUGUGGGUCCGUAAGAUCUUCAUCCACCUGCUGCCUCCUUACCUGUACAUGCUGAGGCCAAAAGUAGAGACUCCCCUGUCCCUGGAGUUAAUGCCCCGUCGAGAGAAAAAGGUGUUCACCAUCAGCAAGGUGGCGGAUGAGUACUUCAUCCGUAAGCCCGACUCCUCCAUCUUGUUCCCGAAGCCCAACAGGUUCCAGCCGGAGGGCAUGUGCACGGAUCUGAGGAAGUUCAUUGACGGCCCCAGCAGCUACCUCACGCUUCCCGACGAGCUGAAGUCGGCCAUCGAUGCCAUCACCUUCAUUGCCGAGGCCCUGCAGGCGGAGAAGGACUUUGAGGCGCUGAGGGAGGACUGGCAGUAUGUGGCCAUGGUGGUGGACCGCAUGUUCCUCUGGAUCUUCGUCAUCUUCACCACUGUGGGCACCUUGGCCAUCUUUGCUGAUGCUAGCUUCCACCGCACACCCACUGAUCCCUUCAAAGCCUCCUGAAGCAGUGAGACAUUGUGCUUCUAGAGCUAUACCCAUCCCGAUUCCCCACCAACAGGGGAGAUGAUUCACUGUAUUCAACUACCAAAACGUCCCCUGGGUAUAGCUCCGCAUAAUCUAACAAUUUGGAAACCCCAAACUUUAGAGCAGGCUAGACUAAAUCUAAACUCGGAUCCUCAUAUGUGUAAAUCUGGGAUCACACACUGCUCCUUUUCUUUACUUUCUGUGACUGGGAAUCCUGAGAUGAGUAUUUGCCUUUUUAAGAAUACAGUUUCAACUGUUGUAAUACAUCAGUCUCGGCAAUCAGGGAUGCAAAAUCGGUGAUUUCAAACUCAGACGUUUCGGAAGCCCGUUAGAGCACGAGUUCUGUGCAACCAGUUAGUUUUGUGUGUCUUUUGUUAUCUGACCUUGUUGUUGUUUGACCAGGUGAGCUUUUUUAUUGUACCCUGUCAUGAAAGUCUUUUUUGCAUUUAACCUGAAUUUGUAAUCAGCAGCACCCUGUGGUUGUGAAGGGAAAGCCACUGUGGAAGUGCCUUAAACCUGUAUUCUUUACAUAGAAGUCUAUGAGAAAAGGACCAUUCACUCCCUUUAUUGUACCAGUAAACAGGAGUUUAUGGUCUCAAUCUCACCGUUCAUUUAGUAUAUUAAUUACCAUUUAGAAACAAAUCGACAAUAAGGCUUACUGUGCCUAGAGAUAUAGAUACGGAAUGCUUUAGGGCGUAGCUACCAUGCAAUUGACAGGUCAACACAGCCGAACGCGGGAAGUCGAGGUGACCGCAUCCCCUUUUUGGAUACAGGCUAUGAAUUGGGAGUAAAUAUAGCUGAAUGUUGAGAUUAGCUCAGCAGCUUCUCGGCCUCAGUGUUGUUAUCUUAAGUCCUAACCAUAUUUCUUAAUGUUAUCUAUUGGUGUAAAUCCUCUACUAAAGAAUAUCCAAACUGCAUAAAGUGUAAAAAGUAAUUGCAUGGUGUUGGUGCACCUGGCAUGUGUGUAGAUCCCCGCUACUCGUGGGUGAAUUUUUGUCUUUGCUAGAGUAGGAAUCUUGGUCCGGGUGUGGAUCCAGAGUUGGAUACGGGGUGUUCACACAUAAACACCAAGACCAACCAGAUGCUAUAAUGGACAGGCUGUAUGCCUUUCAUUUCCCUCUGUCAGAAUGUGCCAGAGUGUGGCACAUGGAUAUUUCUGCAGCCAUAGUAAUCCUCUUUGUAUUUUCGGCACCAACGUGUGUGUGUGUGUGUGUGUUUGUGCAUGCGUUUGCAUGGAGGCUAUUCUCAUGUCGGAGUUUACCAGCUGCACCAAUAGCUGCUGGAAUUCCCAUUAUAUAGGAGACCUGCACCUCACAGUCUCUCGCCUUCCCAGACACACACGGCAUGCAGCCGUUUUAAUCCCACACGACAUAAACAUAAACAUAAACCUGCCCUUUGAAUCUUUUGUCUCAUUUAGUGUCUGUUUUUUUUUUUAAAUAAAGAUCUGAAGAGAAGGUAUCAAAGGCUCCGUCUGUU